CACCAGCGCCCAGCCUUCAGGUUUUUCUUAUUUGGGGUUGACAGAGCUUUUAAAAUCUGUAGACGAAAAGUCUUUUUCCAGAUCUGGGGAGUUUUCAAUCAUUUUGCAGCUUUUUUUUCAGCACUGCUCACUUUUUCCCUCCCUUCUUACAUUCUGAUGACACAGAUGUUCAGGCGUUUUUCUCUUGUCCCAGAGCUCCCUCAGGCUCAUUUUGGUUUUUUCUCAAACUUUUUUUUCUCUCUGCUAGAUUAGAUAAUUUAAAUUCACUGAAUCUUCCUUGUUCUUGAACUAAUGUACGGGGUGUUUCAGAUUUCAGUGUUGUAUCUUUUAGUUCUAAAAUUUCCAUUUGGUUCUUUUCAUUUUUGGUUGGUUUGUUGCUGACCUUGAAUGUUUUCAUUUGAUUUGGGAGUGAUAUGAUUGUUUGUAGGACAUUAUCAUAUUAGGUGAGUUGAAGUCUGGUAGUAGUUGCCACCCGUGUUUUGUAUUGGUGUUUUGGUGUCUGAUAAUUGUUUUCUUCUGUAGGAAUUGAAAUCUUCCUGGUUCUUUGUGUGCCGAGUUACUUCAAUUGCAACCAGACAGUUUGGAUAUUGUGGUAUGAGAUGCUGGGCUUUAUAAAUCCCAGGAGGAUACUGGUAUUUUCUAUUUUAAUAGGUGAAACCACCUGGUUAGAUUUAGGCUGCAUUUUCUAGGUUGAGGCUCAAUGUCAGUUCCAUUUUCACAGCUUCUUUGGUACCAUUUGAAUCUGUCUCAUUUGAUGCUGCCAUGGCCGUCUGAGACCUUGUAUUGUCUCAAAGGUGUGAAAAGGAUCAGAUCCACACUUGUGCUGCCUGAGGAUAGGCUGGAAAUUCAUGAGCAGUUUUGUGGGUUCACUUUUCCUCUCCACACUGCUCCUGGGACUUUCUGAGUCCCUGGGGCUUCCCUUUUCUGUUCUCUAGCUUAGGAGAUUUAGCUCUGACCCUAGAGACACAAUUACAGUAUACUCAAGGCUGGCCAUGAACUCCCACACUACCCUUUUGUCUUUAGCCCAGUACUGGAAGGAGUGAUUUCAGGGGCUUCUGGUCAGUGACUUUUGGCCCACCUAUUGCUCUUUCCUUCUCAGAACACUGCCUAGCUGCCCUGGGGCCCCAUCCAGGCUCAGGGCUGCCCCCCAAAUCCUAUCCUGGGUCAGAGCUGACUGUGUCCUGUUGGAGUCAGAGCAGAUUAAGUUGAAGGCAGGGUGAGGAUGCCCACUCCACCCCUGGAGCUGGCACAACAGCCUAGGAUGGCUGCCCAAGUGACACUAGAGGAUGCACUCUCCAAUGUGGACCUCCUGGAGGAGCUACCUCUGCCUGACCAGCAACCCUGCAUCGAGCCUCCACCAUCCUCACUGCUUUAUCAGCCAAAUUUCAACACUAACUUUGAAGACAGAAAUGCAUUUGUCACUGGCAUUGCAAGAUACAUUGAACAAGCAACUGUCCACUCUAGCAUGAAUGAGAUGCUGGAAGAAGGCCAAGAGUAUGCUGUCAUGCUGUACACCUGGAGGAGCUGCUCCCGGGCCAUCCCUCAGGUGAAAUGUAAUGAGCAGCCUAACAGGGUGGAAAUUUAUGAGAAAACUGUGGAGGUCCUGGAACCUGAAGUCACAAAACUGAUGAAUUUUAUGUACUUCCAGAGAAAUGCCAUUGAACGUUUCUGUGGGGAGGUUAGACGCUUGUGCCACGCUGAGAGGAGGAAGGACUUUGUGUCGGAAGCCUACCUGAUCACUCUGGGCAAAUUCAUCAACAUGUUUGCGGUGUUGGACGAGCUGAAGAACAUGAAGUGCAGUGUGAAGAAUGACCACUCAGCAUAUAAGAGGGCUGCUCAGUUUCUACGCAAAAUGGCAGAUCCACAGUCCAUCCAGGAGUCCCAGAAUCUGUCCAUGUUCCUGGCCAACCACAACAAGAUCACACAAUCUCUGCAGCAGCAACUUGAGGUGAUUUCUGGCUAUGAAGAGCUCCUGGCAGACAUCGUGAAUCUGUGUGUGGAUUACUACGAGAACAGAAUGUACUUGACGCCCAGUGAGAAACACAUGCUUCUUAAAGUUAUGGGAUUUGGUCUAUACUUGAUGGAUGGAAGUGUCAGUAACAUCUAUAAACUGGAUGCCAAGAAAAGAAUAAACUUAUCCAAAAUCGACAAGUACUUCAAGCAGCUCCAGGUGGUUCCACUGUUCGGGGACAUGCAAAUAGAACUGGCAAGAUACAUCAAGACCAGUGCCCACUAUGAGGAGAAUAAGUCUCGGUGGACCUGCACAUCGUCAAGCAGCAGCCCACAGUACAACAUCUGUGAACAGAUGAUCCAGAUCCGCGAGGACCACAUGCGCUUCAUCUCUGAGCUGGCACGCUACAGCAACAGUGAGGUGGUCACCGGGUCAGGCCGCCAAGAGGCCCAGAAGACAGAUGCCGAGUAUCGGAAGCUCUUUGACCUGGCUCUGCAGGGCCUGCAGCUGUUGUCACAGUGGAGUGCACACGUGAUGGAAGUGUAUUCGUGGAAACUCGUCCACCCAACUGACAAGUACUCCAACAAGGACUGCCCUGACAAUGCUGAAGAGUAUGAGCGGGCGACACGCUACAACUAUACUAGUGAGGAGAAGUUUGCCUUGGUGGAGGUGAUCGCCAUGAUCAAAGGCCUGCAGGUGCUGAUGGGCAGGAUGGAGAGUGUGUUCAACCAUGCCAUCCGGCACACCGUCUAUGCUGCUCUGCAGGACUUCUCCCAGGUGACCCUCAGGGAGCCGCUGAGACAGGCCAUCAAGAAAAAGAAGAACGUCAUCCAGAGUGUCCUACAGGCCAUCAGGAAGACUGUGUGUGACUGGGAGACAGGGCACGAACCCUUCAAUGACCCAGCCCUGCGGGGCGAGAAGGACCCCAAGAGUGGCUUUGACAUCAAAGUGCCGCGCCGCGCCGUGGGACCCUCCAGCACUCAGCUUUACAUGGUGAGAACCAUGCUAGAGUCCCUCAUUGCAGACAAAAGUGGUUCCAAGAAAACCUUGAGAAGUAGCCUUGAGGGGCCCACCAUAUUGGACAUAGAAAAAUUUCAUCGAGAAUCAUUCUUCUACACUCACUUGAUAAAUUUCAGUGAAACACUGCAGCAGUGCUGUGACCUUUCACAGCUGUGGUUCCGAGAGUUCUUCCUGGAGCUGACCAUGGGCAGGAGGAUCCAGUUCCCCAUUGAGAUGUCCAUGCCCUGGAUCCUGACUGACCACAUCCUAGAGACCAAGGAGGCAUCCAUGAUGGAGUACGUCCUCUACUCCCUGGACCUGUACAAUGACAGUGCCCACUACGCGCUCACCACGUUCAACAAGCAGUUUCUCUACGACGAAAUUGAGGCAGAGGUGAAUUUAUGUUUUGACCAAUUUGUUUAUAAACUGGCAGAUCAGAUAUUUGCAUAUUAUAAAGUUAUGGCAGGAAGUUUGCUUCUUGAUAAACGGUUACGAUCGGAAUGCAAGAAUCAAGGAGCCACGAUCCACCUCCCCCCAUCUAACCGCUAUGAGACGCUGCUGAAGCAGAGGCAUGUACAGCUCCUUGGCAGGUCAAUAGACCUCAAUCGUCUGAUUACGCAGCGUGUCUCAGCAGCCAUGUAUAAGUCUCUAGAACUAGCAAUUGGACGAUUUGAAAGUGAAGAUUUGACAUCAAUAGUU